CAGCCAGUGUGAGCAGAUGCUCGCGUUUAGACGAAGGCAUUACACAGUCUUCGCAUACCACACAUAUACCACACUCUCGCACCUAUGUGCGGGGACUCAGGUAAAGCACAUGGCACACUCACAUCACAGUCGCCAGGUGCUGUCGACCAUCAGCUGCAAACUCAAUUACCAAGCAUAAUACCUUAUCAACAACAGGUGAAUAUUUGUUGAGAUCUCCCGUGUGCUCAGUCUGUCGCCGUGUCAAUGUUCGCAGUUAUUAAUUAGCCUACAACUACAACUGAAUUUAAUUUUCGUUAUUCUAUUUUUUGAACAAUUUUUUUUUUUACUAUCUAGUAUGUUCACUUUUUGUUUUACUAUCUAGUAUGUUCACUUUUUUUUUUACUAUCUAGUAUGUUCACUUUUUUUUUACUAUCAAGUAUGUUCACUUUUUUUUUUUUUUUUUAUUAUGUUCACUUUUUAAAAAAAAAUUAGCCUACCACUACAACUGAAUUUAAUUUUCGUUAUUCUAUUUUUUGAACAAUUUUUUUUUUUACUUUCUAGUAUGUUCACUUUUUGUUUUACUAUCUAGUAUGUUCACUUUUUUUUUUACUAUCUAGUAUGUUCACUUUUUUUUUACUAUCAAGUAUGUUCACUUUUUUUUUUACUAUCUAGUAUGUUCACUUUUUAAAAAAAAAUAUAUGUAUCUGCCUUACAAUUUAGUAGGUGUACAAAAAAAGCAACUUAAUUAAGCAAAACAUGGCCGAUUUUUUGGCUGUGAGUUUAAUCUUCUUUGGUCGUUAUCCUAAAAAUUGGAAAUACAAUAUUAAAUGGGGACGAUUAGAAUCCAUCCCUGUGGCACGACAGCCCAAGUAGGGCUUUGGCAUGCCUCACUACUUCCUUCCACUGAGACCUAACGGAUGCUUUUCUUUUCCAUGCUUGAAUUCCCAGCUGCUGUAGAUAUUUUUCCACACCAUCCGCCCAUUUAAGCCUUUAGGUCUGCCUUUGAGCCGUUAUCCUCUGGGGUUUUGGUGAUGUACCUUCUUCACACCUCUGUCAUCUGGCGAUCUUUCUAUAUACGUGUCCUGCGCAGCGCAGCCCACCUUUUUUUUUUCUUAUUUCUGUUACUAUCGUGGGCACCUGAUAAAUACUUUACUAUUCAGGGUUGGUUCGUAUUCUCCAUCCAUAUUAAUCCUUUGUUGGUCCAUAUAAUUUCAUGAGAACUAUUCUCUCUCUCGUGUUUAAUAGGUUUUCUGCCAUUUAUUGUUAGGGUCGAUUAGAAGAAGCCUUAAAAUGGUAUUCUGUCCGGAUCUUAAGGUUUUAAUUAUCAAUAAUUUCAGCAGCCUUUGUGUGAGAAUUGGAGCUUUACCUUUGACGGGCUGACACUUGCGAGACUACUUAUUUCUCUACCACCUCUCCGUAGCAUGCUCGCACCGGCCAUCUUGUUACUGGCGUUGUCCAUUGUCAAGGCAACCAGUAUUCCUCUGCGUAACGACGCCACUAACAGCACUCUUCACAAUGUAGAUCAUGUGCAGUAUGUUAAUGAAACCCAGAGACAACACAACAAAACAUGGCAAAGCUCGACCAUGGCAGCGUUGUCAGAACAUACAAAAUCUGACCCAAACUCCAAUCAUCCCCCAGUCACAAACUCCAAUCAUCCCCCGAUCCCAAACUCCAAUCAUCCCCCGAUCCCAAACUCCAAUCAUCCCCUAAUCACAAACUCCAAUCGUCCCCCGAUCA